AUGUCGCAAGACAGAUUCGACAUCGUGAUAGUUGGAGCCGGUCCCGUCGGCCUGCUUCUCUCGCUGUGCCUCUCGCGAUGGGGUUACAAAGUGAAGCACAUCGACAAUCGAUCCGUGCCCACUAAGACCGGUCGUGCAGAUGGGAUCCAGCCAAGGUCCCUGGAGAUUCUGCGCAAUCUCGGCCUAAAGCGCCAGAUCAUGGCUUACGCGCCCGCCAAAGUAUACGACGUCGCGUUCUGGGACCCGUUGCCCAAUGGGAGAGGCAUUGGCCGUACUGGAAAUUGGCCUAGCUGCCCGGACUUCAUCGACACCCGGUAUCCAUUCACAACUCUCCUCCACCAAGGGAAGAUAGAACGGGUGUUUCUGGACGAGAUUGAAAAGGCCGGGACGAUAGUUGAGCGCCCUACAACUAUCGUUGGGUUUAAAAAUGACGGAAAAAAUCCAGAAUACCCAGUUGAAGUGGAAUUAAAGGAUAUAGAUACAAAUGUUUGUACUAAGGUACGGACCAAAUACCUCUUUGGUGGCGAAGGCGCUCGAAGUUUUAUUCGAGAACAGCAGAACAUCAAAAUCCGCCAUAAAGAUCCCAUUGCACAUGUUUGGGGUGUAAUGGAUAGUGUUGUGAGGACAGACUUCCCUGAUAUCAAGACGAAAUGCACUAUUCAUUCUGACCAUGGCUCCAUCAUGGUGAUUCCUCGCGAGGAUGACAUGGUCCGUCUCUAUGUUCAACUUGCCUCGUCGACAGAUAAGGAUUGGGAUCCUAGAAUGACCGCAACUGUGGAUCAAGUAAAAGCAGCUGCAAUCAAGGUCUUUAAACCCUUUAAUAUCUAUUGGGAUCGUGUUGAAUGGUACUCGGUCUAUCCUAUCGGCCAAGGGAUUUCCGAAAAGUAUACCUUGGAUCAUCGAGUAUUUAUUGGCGGCGAUGCUUGCCAUACUCAUAGCCCAAAGGCAGGCCAGGGUAUGAACACGGCGUUUCAUGACGCUUUGAACCUCGCUUGGAAAAUUCAUCUAGUGGAAGCAGGCAUGGCUAAGCGCGACAUCUUAACAACAUACGAGUCCGAAAGAAAACUGAUUGCUGAGACCCUUCUUGAUUUUGAUGCCAAAUAUGCCAAGUUGUUCUCCACUCGCAUUCCGUCUGUGAGCGAAGUCGAUUCCGCCCUCGGUCGUACUGAAAUGGACGACACAAACGAAUUCGUCAAGGCUUUCAAAUCCGGCUGCGAAUUUACAAGUGGCUACGGCGUUGUCUACCCCCCCAAUAUCUUCACCUGGUCGCCCUCACACGCUGCCCAAUCUCCCCUAUUCAACCCAAGUGGCGUCAAACUCUCUCCCGGGCGUGCCUUGCCGACAUGCACCGUCACUCGAGUUCUCGAUGCAAACCGAGUCGCGCUCGAGCAAGAAGUCCCUGCCAACGGGUCUUUCCGGAUAUUUGUCUUCGCUGGUGAUCUCAAACAAACGAACGUCGCGCUCGCAGAUUUCAACGCCCAGCUCCGGAAGCCUCGCUCCUUUUAUUCCACGUACUCGAGGCCCGUAGACCAACCGGUAUCGUACUUUGAGCGCCACAACCCGCACUCUCGUUUCUUCAGCCUUCUUCUUAUUUUUGCUAACCGCAAGAACGAGAUCAAAAUAUCUACCCUGCCCAGUACCUUCCAAGCAUACCCCCAUCAUAUAUAUGCAGAUGACCUCGCCGAUCAAUGUGUUGCUGGUGCCAAAGCUCCAGCACACGACAAGAUGGGGUUCAAGGACGAUAAGGGUGGAGUCGUGGUUGUUAGGCCUGAUGGACACAUUGCUUGCUCUGUAGGGCUGGUAGAAGGUCCAGGGACCGUUGAUGCGCUGAAUAAGUUCUUUGGCUCCUUUUGUGAAAGAGCGCUUGGCGAAGCAGGUGGACAGUCGAGGCUCUAG